AUGGCGAGUUGGGUUCUUCGCCAACCUGGCCCUGAGCUUGGCAUGACGAGGUGGGUUCUUCGCCAACCUGACCAUGAGCUUGGUAUGGCAAGGUGGGCUCUUUGCCUACCUGACCAUGAACUUGGCGAGUUGAGGUCGGCUCCUUGCCAACCUGGGCAUGGGCUUGGCAUGGCAAGGUGGGUUCUUUGCCAACCUGACCAUGAGCUUGGUGAGCUAAGGUUGGCUCUUUGCCAACCUCAGCAUGAGCUCGGAGCUUUUCGCCCAUCAAAGCUUGAUAAAAAAAAUAUAGCUCGGACCUUUCGUCCAUCUGAGCUUAGCUAA